AUGUCCAAAUCUGCAACAGGACGACUUUCUCCCGCCGCCCUUCUACCACCAGAGCUUCUCGACCAGAUACUCUCGCACCUCCCAUAUGAACGCGCCACCGUACAGUUCCGCCAGAAAAGCUCGCCGCGGUCCUUCAAAUCGCAGCUCACCUUCGCACACGUCUGUCGUGCGUGGCGCAAUACAGCACUGGCUAGCGAGUACUGGCCUGGUGUGCGCAUGAGCCUCAAGAGUGGCAAGCGCCUAAAAGAGGGACUCGACCACGACAAUGGCAACGCCCUUCUCUACGUACACAUCGACAUGGAACACAACUACCCCGAAGUCACGGUGAACAAGCGCAAACAGCGCGCGCCGCUUCUUGCGCUCGCACAACUUCCCCGUAUUCGCACCCUCUUCCUCAAAGCCGAUCCCGAAGAUGAUGAGAUGGAGAUGAACGAAGAUGCCGGGCAAUAUGCGUGGGCGCUCGGAGAUCACCCUGCUCCCGAACUGCAGGACUUGACGCUCGGAUGGCUGGGAGAAGAGAAGCUCGAGCUCGAGUUCAUCAAGCAGCCUUUCCCUCGCUUGCGCUACCUCGCCUUGAUGGGCUGCGACUUGACGAGGCACCAAACCAUCCUUCAAGCAGACAACGUCGUUCAAGCGAACUUCUGGGAUGUCUACGUAUUUGAAACAAUUGAUGAGCUUGUCGACACGUUCUCACAAUGGAAGCGUCUGGAGUACGUCAAUAUCUCGAACUCGUGCCUCAUUGGCAGUGGAAGCAAGGAGACGAAGUACAAGCCUCGCUCUGCGUAUCUGCCAGCGCUCAAGGAGAUCACCUUCUUCGACAAUACGACGGACAUAGGGACGUUCUUGACCUACGUCGCCUUUCCUCCAACGACGAGGGCUGACAUAUGCUUUAACUCUUCAUCGUCAACACCCGAGCUCACGCGUCGUGUCGCGGACGCCGUUCAUGGUCACUUCGACUCACCAGAAGGACGCUCCUUCAUCGCCUCCGCCCAUGCUCUCGUCAUCUCCUACCCGAACGGCUAUGAGAUACAGACCUACUAG